AUGACGACAAAGCUUGAAGAGAGAUUAGAUAAAUAUGAUGGAAAAAUGUCGGAAAACACCGACGAAAUUAUGGACGAAGACGUGUCUGUGGAUAUCGAAAUUACGGAUAAUCAAAGUGAACCUGAAGUGAAGAAUUCGUCGCAAAAUGAUACCGAAAAUGUGGUUAAUUGUGAUAAUAACAAAGUUAGUGAUAAUGUUUCAUCCGAUACUGCUGGAUUAAUAGAACGAACGACAAGUCCCAUUCCAUUAAUUAAGAAACUAAAUCGUGAUGGAUCAAAGCAUGUAACAAGAAAUUGGUUAAUCUCUGAUUGCCCUAAGAGAAAAGUUGAAAAUAAAAUUCCAGAAAUCACUUCGAAAUCUGAAUCAAUGUUAAAAUCUCUGACGCCAUCGGAAAAUCAAGAAAAUUCCGUAAAUAAUCUCAUACGCGUUGAAGAUUUAGUGAAUAAGAAACACUCAACAGUUCGCACAAAACCCGUGAAUGAGCUUUUGAAACAAUUUAGGGAAAUUAAAAACCAAUCGCCUUUUCACAACACAAAUGAAAACUUCAAAGUGGAAAUGGAAGACGAAAGAAUUAAACCAGUGGGAGGGAAAUUGCUUAUGAAAGCUUCAGAAGUAUUUCCGUCAUAA